AUGGCAUUUGACAACAACACCACAAAACUAACCAAAUUAAGUAACCUCUCUCAAAACCUAUCGUUACCUACCUUAUGGAAGUCCAUAGCGGUUUCCGGUGCACUACUUUUCUUGUUACACACAUUUGCGUUUAAUUUUCCUCAUAAAACGAUAACCCAUAAAUUCUUUGCGCCUCUCGACCUUAGUUUCUCCUCCUCUUCCUUCUCUUCCUCAGAAAUAUCCGCAUCAUCGUCCAAGCAAACAGAGAGAGAGCCUCCUACAAAUAUCCGCCAUCUAUUGUUUGUCAUCGUUGGUAGUACAAGAACCUGGAGAUAUAGGAGAGGCUACAUAGAGCCUUGGUGGAGACCAAACAUCACAAAAGGACAUGUCUUUCUCGAAAGACCACCUGGUCGUAAUCUCUUGCCUUGGCCUCAACAAUCUCCUCCUUUCUCUGUCAACAAAGACAUAUUCAUAGCAAACACGAAAUUCAAGACUCAGAUCCGCCUUUUCCAAUCGCUCCAAGAAUCGUUCAAGAAAGCUUCCAAAGAGACAAGAUGGUUUGUGGUAGCGGAUGAUGAUACUCUCUUCUUCUUGGACAAUUUAGUCGAAGCUCUCGACAGGUACGACCACAAGAAACACUAUUACAUAGGGAUGAACUCAGAAAACAUAUGGUCAAAUGCAAUUUUCGCUUUCGACAUGGGAUAUGGAGGUGGUGGAUAUGCAUUGAGCUAUCCAACCGUAGAAACACUUCUCAACAAAAUGGAAGAUUGUAUUGGAAGAUACCUUGGAGUUUAUAGCGAUCUUCUCUCAUUUCGUUGCUUAGCUGACUUGGGAAUUGAUCUUACUUUGGAGAAAGGCAUGCACCAGAUUGAUCUGCACGGUGACAUAUCAGGUCUCUUAUCAGCUCAUCCUCAGUCUCCACUUAUCAGUCUCCACCAUUUCGAUGUCAUAGACCCGAUUUUCCCAGCCAUGAACCGCCAACAAUCCGUGAACCACCUCAUGAAAACCGCGAAAACUGACCAGUCUCGUAUCCUGCAACAAACAAUAUGUUACCAAAGAGCAUAUAAUUGGUCAGUCUCUGUUUCUUGGGGCUACUCGGUCCACAUUUACCAAUCUAUAUUCCCAAGAAACCACUUGAAACGCCCUCUACAAACGUUCCGGCCAUGGAAGAAUGUUAAAACACCGUUGUAUACUUUUAACACUAGACGUGUGACGAAUGAUCCUUGUGAGAUGCCUCGUCAGUUUUUCUUUGAUUCGGUUGUGGAACACAUGAACCAAAGCUUGGUAACUACUACGUACAAGGUUAAAAUGGCACGUAGUUUGCCUCCUUGUUUCGAUAAUGGCAACCAUUCUGCUCGUAACAUCUCACAAGUCCGAGUCAUUGCUGCUACUAUACACAAAAUGGGUGAUGGAAUCGAAUGUUGCGAUGUGCAAAAUGUUAACAGUACGGAAAUUUUGGAAGUGAAGAUAAGAGCUUGUCAUAAAGAUGAAAUUCUUGCUUAGGCCAUAUGUCUAGUGAUACAUUGAUCAAUGAUAACUAUAUAGUGUAAUACUUGUUUUUUUUUUCAUUUUUCAUUUUGUAUAAAAAUGGAAUCUAACAUUUAUUGACAUGCUGUAUUACUUAUAGUUGCAGUGAAAUAGAUAGUGAGAACAUUAUUAAUUCUCACCUCUCCACAU